AUGGUUGUGAUCUAUUUUGGUUCAUUUAGUACAAUUGUGGGACUUUUCGGUACUGUCAUGCAGGUGUUCAUUUUAAUGGCUGAUAGAUACUAUCGGCAGACUCCGUGCACGUUCUAUUUUAUUGUGGCUGCAAUACACGAAUGUGGUAUCUUUACAACUGCCUAUGGUCAGCUAGUCGCUUCUGCACUCAUAAGAACUGACCUGGGACAGCUAUCUAUUGUUUGGUGUAAGCUUCGUUAUUUUUUUAUAACAAGCUGCUGUGCCAUGUCUUCGAGUUGUCUAUGUAUGGCUACUAUCGAUCAGUUUUUCAUCACAUCUCAAAAUGCUCGCAUCCGUCAAUUGAGUAGUAUUAAAAAUGCAUAUCGAGUUUGCUUGUCGUUUGCUAUCAUUUGGUGGCUGCAAGGGACCCUUUGGAUAUAUUCUCAGAAUAUCUCACCAAUCACGGGUGCUUGUGUUCGUCGUAGUUAUAAUUUUGCCUUCUAUGGUAUAUUUUUUUCGUGUGUUGUUCUCUGUGGUUUACCUUGUUUAAUCAUGACGAUAUUUGGAUUAUUAGCUUAUCGAAACAUCGGAAAAACAAUUUUUCUCUCGCGUUUAGGCAUCGAUCGACAAUUGGUCAUUGUAGUUUUCAUUCAAGUCGUGCUAACCUUAGUCGGUCUAGCUCCAUAUGGCAUUAAUCGUGUUUUUUUACUUAUCACACUCAAUUUUCAAAAGACUGCUGAUGAAGAAGUCAAGGAGACGUUGGCUAGCAACAUUACUUAUUUGUUUAGUGCAGUUGCUUAUGGAGGACGAUUCUAUCUCUUGAUGUGUUCAUCAUCUCGUUUUCGUCGUAUGGUGAAGAAGCUAUGGUUAUGCGGACAACGUCAAGGACGUAUUGUUCCCACGAUUUAA